UUGCUUCUGUUAUGAUGAGCCCAGAAUUCGGUCUUAAGUCUGGGAAAUGUUCUAGCUUGCUUGCCCUCCUUGAGGUAACUGCCCUCCUUUACGAGAUAACAUCACCCUAUGACCCCUGCUACAUCCUGAGUGGACACUGGCAACCAGCAGGCCACAAAGAGGAGGGGGGCACUGAUGUAGCAACAUGACAAUGCUGCGAUGGCACCCACUUCACUUGGUCCAGAAUGUGUCAACACCAAUUGGCACUCAGUUUUUUAAAGUGCUUGUAACUACUAAUUGCAGCAUCAAGUGCAGAUUUCAGAGUGGAAAAAAUUCCGAAUUGGUGCUCAAGGGGCCCUAAAACACUUUUCUAACUAAUUGUAGAAUGAUGUCACUGUAAAGUAUCAUCAGCCUGGUUACGCCCACUGCAGGGCAAAGGCCUCACCCAUACUUCUCCAACUACCCCGGUCAUGUACUAAUUGUGGCCAUGUUGUGCCUGCAAACUUCUUAAUCUCAUCCGCCCACCUAAUUUUCUGCUGCCCCCUGCUACGCUUCCCUUCCCUUGGAAUCCAGUCCGUAACCCUUAAUGACCAUCGGUUAUCUUCCCUCAUUACAUGUCCUGCCCACUGCUGUAAAGUAUGUUGCCUAGCAAAUCUUGUGCCUCAAAAUUUGUUGUGUACUUCAAGCAUAAGUAGAGUUAGAGGUAUUAUUGCACUGAUGCAGUUUUCUCUCUCCUUUCAUGUCCACUAGCAUGCCAGAAGCUACACAGGGGGCUAACAAGGCCUCGCGCAAAAUUUGGGAAUUUAAAAAUAUUUUUUGUGAUGCUACUUUUGGUUCAGCCGUGCAUGACGCACUCUCAAUGCGAGAUGGGCACUUGUGCUUAAGCUAUGUCAUUCACAGAGGCUAAUCAGAACACAGUUGUCAGAGCAUUGCACUGGUGAGAGGACACAUUGCAGCACCCUGUCGUGGCUGUAGUAUCUAUGCCAUGCUGCUACAUAGCUCUGGUGUGAUCUCCCACAGUGCACAGCAGACGCAGCUCCACAAAACUCGUGUGUAGACAGAAGUACAAAGACGAAAAAUGUUUUUAGUCUUUGAGAUCACUUCCAUGUGUAUUUUGCAUUUAUUAUACUUAAGAUUAGCAUUUAAUUAAAACUGGCAAAUAUUUUGCACUGGUUUUUCUUGGGAAAAAGAAUACAAAAUUGCCCAUUUAUUAAUUGUAUGAUUAUUUCACCUGAUGUACAGGUACCCUUCUAGACAGUUGUACCGCGUAGCUGCUGAGAGGCUUGUCAGUGCAUACCCACACCUUGCUGACAGAGUUGGCAGCGGAAAUGGCCUGGACUCGUGGGUCUUGGCAUUAAGAAACAAAUUCAAGAACAUGCGUAAGAAGGCAGAGAAUUGCUCCGAAGAAAUGUUGGCAAAAAAAAGGCACUUCCUGGUCAAGCGGAAACAGCAGGUGGCUUCUGGUGAAGCUACAAACAAGAAGUUAUGCCGCCUUUUUGAUUGCAGUCAUCUUGUAGCAUAUGGGGAAACUGCCGAGUCAUUGAGGCUGCACAAUGAAUGGCUACAAGACAAUGCUGGCUGCCAAGAUGAAGAGGCAGUAAGGCCGAGGCUGCUUGCAACAGCAAGAGAGAGGCAUGAUCAACUUCGCAGCCUUACGCUGUCAGAUGCUCUGUUGCUGUUCCCCUUUCUGGCAACUGAGGCAUCGCUUCUCGUGGAGUUUGACCUACUUUUCCAAAGAAACGUGAUGGAGGCAAUGGAGAAUGGCUGCAAGCAGCUUGGUUACACUAUUCUGAGCUUUGGAGAGCCAGAAGAGAUUGUGGCAUUUUCCGAAGUGGGAUCCGAGGAUGCUGUUCUGGCAGUUCUGCAGUUUGUAGCAAAGCGCUGCAAGGAGCCCAUAGAUAGCAUCAUUACGCAGGAAGAAGCCCCGCUGACCCCGUGUCUGGUGCAGGAUGAAGGAUUUGCACUGCACAUCGACAAGCAACUAGUGUUUCAAGUCUCCUCGCUGCUUUCGGGAGUAGCCUGCCUCUUUGCAUCCUUUUGGGUGUUUCAUGUGGAAUACCCACGAAAGGCGCACAAAAUGUUAACAUUCAUAGAACAUGCAUUUCUGAACUUAACGCACACAAAGCCGCGCGUCAAAGCUCUUCAACUAAUCAAUUUUUUCAGAGGCCAUGCAGACUCCCUGGAAGAGCCAUAGGCUACUAACCAGUGGCCACACUCAUGGCCUAAUAAACUUCUUUGCAGCCGAUUCUUGUGUAGUUUCACAGCCCAAAUGAUGCUUUGGUCCAAGGGCUGGGCAAUCUGAUGUGUUAGGAAGCAGAAAUGCUAACUUCGCAGCUGCAAAGUUAUCUAGUGUGGUGUGCGCCGAUGCAUUUAGGAUAACUGCAAUUCUGUUCUUCGCUGCAACAUAGUGGUCAGUGAGGCGCAUGUACGCCUCAAAAAGCUUUGCAGUCCAUGCUUUUGUAUUGCUGCAGUAGACAAGUCUAGACGGCAGUUGGGUGCUUUUCAAACAUCUUGGCAUGGCUGACUUCCCAAUCACAAGAAAUGAUUCACUUCGAAUGCAACUGAAAUCCUGUCAUUGGCAUGCUUACCGCCAGUGCAUGUGUCGUCAUUGAAUGCAGGCAUUCUGUCUAGUAGCAGCUUGAAGAGCGCAGACUCAUUCGUGUUAAAGAUAUUGUUGGGUGCGCAGUCCAUCAAGAUGUGCCUCAGCUGACCAUUUCGCCAUGUUUCUGCAUCCUCUGUGUUGCCAAUGGCAUCUUCUCCUGAAGUGGUCAUGUUUAUGCCGUGCCUCACUUUAAAUUCACCAGCCAGCUGUUGCUGCAUAUGAAGUGGUUCAGCUGCGAAGUGAAAACCGGGGCCUUCUCGGCAAGUAGGGGUUGCAAAAAGACAGUGGACGUUAAACUGCCUCAAUACUGUAAUACUUCAAUCAUAAUAUGGUCGUCAAGCUUAAGUUAUUGCUUGUGUUUUGUAAUAUUGUUGCCUUGCACACAAUUGUUUUCCUAGUUCUUUUUGUGCUGUUUGCCACAGUUUAUUUUAAAAAUAUGUGCCGGCUUUUUUCUGCAAUGUGCAUUUGUUUAAGAUACAGUGGCCAGCGCAUCAAAGUGACUAGUAGUGCACAGCUCAUGUGUUUUAUGUUGUAAAGGUGCUGAGCUUGAUACACAAAAGCAACAGUAGCAGAUAUACUGUGAGCGAAUUUUAACGUACUGGCUCCUAUGUUAUGCACCAUUCGAAUUUGAUUCAGUAUGAACAGGCUUCAAGAAUGUUUGGUCAAAUGGCCUAGUGAAACCUUUUUUUAUAUAUGACUUUAGGAGUAUUAAAAAGUGCCUUUAAUUGUUAUUAUUUAUUUCGGUAGAUAAAUGUUAUAUUCAGUCACAUUAUAGGCAAUUUAUUUUUGCACACCAAAAUGUUUGUAAUGAGCACAGGUGUGCAAGAAAGCCCUCAGGAAUGUUGGUCACCUGUGCUGUGUUUCAGCUUUCAGCUCAAUAAGUGGGAUGAGUUGACCUCUCAAUAUAGUGCUGAGGUUUUUCACUUUUAUUUCUGUUGUACUAAGUCGCACAGACUACCACUGACUGGCAUCAAUGCAAGAUUGUUAAAGGAGUACUGACACGAAAAUUUGGUGUCCCGGCUUCUUAAGUAGCUGCUGACUCCAUAUUUAUGGUGCGAAGCCUCAGUUCCAUGAGAGUGCUACAAAUUAAUAAUUACAACACCUUUGUACGGCUCGUCCAAAACACUCUUCUGGCAGAGAGGCCUCGGACAUGAAAAAGGUUAUUUGUCGCUUCACCGAAAGUGAAGUUGGCAGUGUGUAGUAGUUGAAUUGAAUUGAAGUUAAGGGCAUGAACUGAUUGUGUCGCCGAAAGCUGCCAAACUGUCCCCUCUGAUUGUUCACUUCUCUUGGAAAUACAGGGAGACACUCCCUUCCCUCUUGUCCCGUGGAGUGUUAAAUGGACUGGGCUUUAAUCACCACGACCGUGGUGUGCAUACACGUUGGCAGUAUCCGGUGCCAUGAAAUUGCAAUUGGUUUCAUCGCUACAUGCGUAACCUUUUACACCUCUGAAGCAGCACUGCUCUUGGCAUGCAUUUUGAGUCCUAAUAAAAAGUAAUUUAAUUAAUUAUUGCAUACUUGGGGAAUUGAGAUGCCAUAAUUUAUUUAUUCGGUUGAGGUCUAUCAAGUGAAGUAAUAAAUGGGACAAAAAUUGUCAAUACUUUCAAUUUGACAAGGCUUAAAUUUGGCAGCUUCACAAAUCUAGUCAUAUGCUAAAGUGCUGGGCAUGGUCUGGUGAAAAGGGAUUGUUUAAUAAGCUGGUUGAAGCUUCGUAUGUUGAUAUAUUUUAAGUGUGUGAUAAGUUCCUUAAAUUUGUGCCUUUUCAUUCUUUGCUGGCCACUGGCACCAUUGUACAGUGCCUGGAUUUCUUUGUUUUAGCCGUUGUGCAAGCUUUCUAGUCACUAGAUCGAAGUAUAUAUUUGUGGUAAAUGCUGAAUAUGUGAUAAGUUCAGGUUUCUUAUGUUUGUGCCAUAGGUUUGUCAUUAUUAUUUUAUUGUGCAAGACCGUCUCCUGGCCACUGAACUUUUUUUACAUUACCUGUAUCUUUAAAAAUACUGUUCUAAACAUGUGCAAACUGUCUAGUCACCAUUUGUACUCAUUGUUGGAAGGAACUGCAGGACUGCAAUAUAUAAAAUGUGAUAUUUCUAAUAAAA